AUGUCUCCUGUGGCUCGCACCAAGAUUUGUGUGUACUGUGGAGCAGGCACUGGUGCCAGUCCGGCUCAUAUGGAAGCUGCCAGAGCGCUCGCUCGUGCGAUGGCUGCAAAUAAUAUCGACCUUGUUUACGGUGGCGGGACUGUUGGCCUCAUGGGAGAGAUCGCCAAGACUUUAGUCUCGAUCAAUGGACCUCAAUCUGUUCAUGGCAUUAUUCCCGAGGCCCUCGUCAAACACGAACGAGCUGGUUCGAGCCAGGCCCAGAAUAUUCCUGAUGAAGCAGUGUUUGGCCGAACUACCCUCGUAAAGGACAUGCACACGCGAAAGAAGCUUAUGGCUGAAGAAGUCUUUGCAGGAGGUCCUGGCAGUGGUUUUAUUGGUCUUAGCGGCGGCUUCGGAACCAUGGAAGAGAUCUUCGAGACGACGACGUGGAUUCAGCUUGGCAUUCACAGUCGGGGUAUUGUCCUUCUCAACAUCGAUGGCUAUUGGAACGGAAUUAUCGAUUGGCUGGAUAAGGCAGCCGAGGAAGGAUUUGUGAAGCCGGGAAACAAGGGUCUUCUCGGUGUCGCUGAGACUGGUGAUGGCGCUAUCAAUGCGUUGCGCGAGUACAAGGUGUCGAGCUCGAUCUAUCAGCUCCAGUGGGGAACUCAAUAG